AUUCUCUGCUUUGAGUCCCCCGUAUGCUCUGUGUUACUAUUCGCUUUCUCUUCCGACGAAAUCUCACCGUCACCACUUCAUCUGCUUCUCAGCUUCUGCAAAAGCACUUCUCGGCCGAUUCCCGGUAGACCCUUUUGCGGUCGUCGCAGAUUUCGCUGCUUUCGCCGUCGAUCAAGGUAGAGCCCGGUUUCGUCAACUUUCCGAUUGAAUCGUACAAUGGCUAGCCAGUCCGAGAGUAAAUCCAUCCACGACUUCACUGUCAAGGAUGCCAAGGGUAACGAUGUUGAUCUUAGCACCUACAAAGGGAAGGUCCUGAUGAUCGUCAACGUCGCAUCGCAGUGUGGCUUGACUAAUUCAAACUACACAGAGCUAGCUCAGUUGUAUGAAAAAUACAAAACUCAAGGAUUGGAAAUCUUGGCAUUCCCGUGCAAUCAGUUUGGAGCUCAGGAGCCGGGGACAAAUGAUGAGAUUGUAGAGUUUGCUUGCACUCGCUUUAAGGCCGAGUAUCCCAUCUUUGAUAAGGUGGAUGUGAAUGGUGAGAAAGCUGCUCCGAUUUACAAGUACUUGAAGUCGAGCAAGGGUGGACUCUUUGGCGACAACAUCAAGUGGAACUUCUCCAAGUUCCUAGUUGACAAAGAAGGGAAAGUCGUUGAACGUUAUGCUCCUACAACUUCUCCUCUUAACAUUGAGAAGGAUGUAAAGAAACUGUUGGGGGUCGCAUGAACAGGCAGCUCUCUAUGAAGAAAUGAGAGGGAGUAAAUUAGUUGAGGAAUAAAAGGCACUUGCUGUAAUAAGAAUGCAUCUCUUUGUCUUGUUCAACAUUUUGUAAGGGUUGCACUCUGUUGAUGUUUCAAGGAAGUAUAACUUUCAAAAAACAGUCGGAAUUCAGACCGGUUGAGGGUCUGUGUUUUCAAAUUUUA